AUGAAUGCAACAAGUAAAGCUGGUCAAUCAGGUCGACGUGCAAACGGAAAUUUAUCGCAUGCUUCUACGAAUUCCACCAAUCAACAGCAAAAAAAUCCAAAACUAUAUAAAACCGAACUUUGUCGCACGUUCGCUGAUACUGGUCAUUGUAAUUACGGUGAUAGGUGUCAGUAUGCGCACGGCGAAAGUGAAAAAAGACCAGUUCCGAGGCACCCAAAAUAUAAAACAGCAUACUGUCAAUCUUACCAUCAGCUAGGAUACUGCCCAUAUGGUCCAAGAUGUCACUUCAUCCACAGCGAAAAUUCAAAAUUAGGGCAGUCUCGACGUUCUGUGGGCACUGAUUUAAAUUCCCUUCUCUUACCAGCACGAAUGCAAAAUGGUGAUUUUGGGGCAACAAAUCAUAAAUUACAAAAUGGGUCAGCAAAUGCCUUAACAUCUCAAAAUUCAAUGAAGUCAAGCGAUGCUACCCCUGGUUCGACGACUCCAGUCAACGAAAAUGAUAACACUGGUUUUGGAUUGGCUGCGUGGUCUUAUUCUGGCAACAAUAAAGUUGUGAGCUAUUGCUUUAUAGACAUUUCUUGA